UAUAGAUUGUCCAUACUCCAUCACAUCAUUUCAUCUCAUUGCGAUGGAGUUGUCUUCGGUGUUGGGACACGGCUUUCAACCUGUAUUUCGUUUCAAUUCAACCAUCAAUAAUACCAACCAGAUCGCGGCCACUACACCGGUGCGUAUUGCAAAUCCAAUUUGUUCUAAUGAUGCUUCAGUACAUCCCCAAGUUUGGACCAAAUCAGCGAACGCACUCAGAAAAGUAUCUAAGGAAACAAGAGAAUCUGCAAUUCGAGAUAUUCAAGAUUCUUCUGAUUUGGAGUCUGCUCUCUUAAGGUCAGGAGAGGCGUUGAGAGUGCAAGAUCUGAAUAUCAUAUUGCGUUAUUUUGGGAAGUUUAACAGAUGGAAGGAUGUCUCUCAGCUUUUUGAUUGGAUGCGGCGUCAUGGAAAAACUAAUAUUGCUUCCUACAGCAGUUAUAUAAAGUUUGUGGGGAGGGAUUCUAAUGCUGCGAAGGCCUUAGAGAUAUAUAAUAGCAUCAAAGAUGACUCUACAAAGAGCAAUGUAUCUGUUUGUAACUCCACAUUAAGUUGUCUAAUUAAAUGUGGCAAGUUCAACAGCAGCCUCAAGCUAUUUAAUCAAAUGAAGCAAGCUGGUCUCAUACCUGAUAUUAUAACUUAUAGUACGCUACUUUCGGGUUGUGCCAAGGUCAAAGGUGGUUACUCUAAGGCAAUGGAACUGGUCCAUGAAAUGAAGUCCAGGGGAUUGAGUAUGGAUGAUGUAUUGUACGGAACGCUAAUAUCAGUUUGUGCUUCAAAUAAUCAAUGUGAUGAAGCGGAAAAAUACUUUGAUGAGAUGAAGUCGGAAGGAAAUUCACCUAAUGUCUUUCACUACAGCUCUUUGUUAAAUGCAUAUGCUAUUGAUGGGAAUUAUAAGAAGGCUGAUAAAGUAAUUCAAGACAUGAGAUCUGCAGGAUUAACUUUGAACAAGGUCAUUCUCACAACUCUGCUGAAAGUAUAUGUUAGAGCAGGGCUAUUCGAGAAAUCGAGAGAAUUGCUAGAUGAACUGCAAGCUUUAGGCCAUGCUGAAGAUGAGAUGCCAUACUGUUUGCUGAUGGAUGGCCUUGCUAAGUCUGGGAAACUUAUAGAGGCUAAAAUAGUUUUCGAUGAAAUGAGGAGAAAGGAAGUGAAAAAUGAUGGUUACUCCUACAGCAUUAUGAUUUCAGCCCUCUGCCGUGGCAAACUGAUUGAUGAAGCAAAACAGUUGGCUAGUGAAUUUGAGAUGAAGUAUGACAAAUACGAUGUGGUUAUUUUGAAUUCAAUGCUGUGUGCCUAUUGUAGAUCAGGUGACAUGGAGAAUGUAAUGAAGAUGAUGAAGAAAAUGGAUGAGUCAGCAAUUAGUCCUGACUGGAGUACCUUUAAAAUUUUAAUAAAAUAUUUCUGCAAGGAGCAGCUGUAUUUACUUGCCUAUCGUACGAUGGAGGAUAUGCACAGCAAAGGUCACCAGCCUCUGGAGGAUCUCUGUGUCUCUUUGAUGAAAUCUCUCGGUUCAAUGGGUGCAUAUUCAGAAGCAUUUUCAGUAUACACUAUGCUGAAAUAUAGCAAGAGAACGAUGGAUAAGGCCAUUCAUGGAAAAAUUUUACACAUUUUACUUUCAGGUGGACUUCUUAAAGAUGCAUAUCUAGUUGUGAAGGAUAAUGCAGAGUUAAUCCCUAAGCCAGCCAUUAAGAAGUUUGCUAUCUCCUUUAUGAGGAACGGCAACAUAAACUUAGUAAAUGAUGUGAUCAAGUCUAUUCACAACUCAAACUACAAGAUUGAUCAGGAUAUAUUUCACUUGGCCAUUUCCCGUUACAUUGAGCAACCGGAAAAGAAAGACCUGCUUCUUCAUUUGCUACAGUGGAUGCCUGGUCAAGGUUAUGCUGUUGAUUCAACUACAGGUGAUAUGAUACUCAAGAAUUCACACUUCUUUGGGCACCAUUCAGUUGCAGAAUUAAUGUAUAAGCAUCAUACCGUGUUGAAGACAAACAAAUUACGUAGAGAGGAGCAACGGAUGAACACGAGUUCUUAGCGUUUAAGUGAUCACUGUCUGCGAGUGCAUGCAGCGUCCCCUUGCCAUACGGUCUACCGAUAGUAACUCCUGUCUUUGCCUUCACCCGUUAAGAUUUCAACUGUUCAGGCAGCGAGAGCUCCAACACCCGUGUUGCAUCCAUGCCCUCUGCCACUGUCACCCCCUCAUCGUCAGGACGAUCCGUUACUUGUGGUUCCACCUUCUGCUGUUGUGCCACAACCAAAACCACAGUUUGCGACAACCCCUAAGUUGUCAUCCGCCCCUGCCACAGCAGCAGUCAUUUCCAGCACAAUCGAGCCCCGAUGUUCCACAUCCACCACCAUAUCCACUCUCCAGCCAACAGCUCAAGUAGGAUAACACUAGUAAUAGCUUGAACUAUUUACCAGAUUUAUAUUUGUAACUUCUUGAUAGAGUUUCAAAUUAAAACUACUCUAGUGAUGUUAAAUUUUGAGAUAUGGACGGUCAUGUGAUUUGCUAUUCAUAGCAAUUGACUGCAUAAGACUUUUGAUGGGCA